UUGAAAAAACUUCAAAAUAAAAUGCCGAAUAACACUCCAUAUGCCGAAUAAAGGAUUAUCAAUAUUAUUAUUGAGACAAUAAUUCCUAGGAAAUCUAGGAACACAGAUUACAGAGUCUAGAAAUUUAGUUCACAUUCAUAUUGCUCAGAAUAUAUUUAUUCAGUUUUUAUGAUUCUUUUCUUGAACACGAAGAAAACUGCUAAAUCAUUUUAAGCAGAAAAUAUCAAUCAAAAUGCAGUCGAUUAUUUUCGAUGAUAUAUUAGAACCAAGAAGGAAAGAUUUAAGUAACUAUUAUUGGGUUUCGAGAAAAAUUGAUACUACUGUGGCAUUCAAACAGCCAAUUAGACCCACCCCAGAAAGUCACAAAGAAGAUGUCAUUAAUCAUAUUCGAAUUCAAGAAUUGCUCGAGGCAAUAUCUAUUGAAAAAAGAAUUCCCAAAGAAUUUUUGGAAAGCCAAGUUCGUGUUAUUCUAGAUGAAAUUGGGUACAAUAAAAAUCUUAGGGUAAUUCGUGGCCUGGCUUUAAUACUUAUCAAAAUAUGUCUCAAAGUGUGCAAGGGAAUAUAUGUGAAUAAUGAUAGUAUAUUACAUACCAAAGUCCUCAUGGGUAGUAAUCCUAUAAUUUUUGUCCCUAGUCACAGAAGUUAUGCAGAUUUUAUUUUAAUGUCAUUUUCAUGCUUCACAUAUGAUGUUGAAAUACCUGCUAUAGCGGCCGGAAUGGAUUUUCAUGAGAUGUGGGCAAUGGGAUCAAUUUUAAGGGAUACUGGAGCAUUUUUCAUGAGGCGAUCUUACAAUAAUGAUUAUUUAUACUGGAGUACCUUCAAGCAAUAUAUAAAUCAGCUUGUAACCAAAGGAGAAUUGCCGAUAGAAUUCUAUAUUGAGGGAACUAGGAGUAGAAGUAACAAAUCUCUAAUGCCAAAAUAUGGUCUUCUCAAUAUGAUUUUGAAACCCCUUUUUUUGAGACAAGUACCAGAUAUUAUAUUUGUGCCAAUCAACAUUAGUUAUGAAAGAAUUAUGGAAGAAAAACUGUUUUCUUUUGAAUUGCUGGGAGUGCCAAAACCUAAAGAGAGUACAUCUGCAUUAUUCAAGUCCCUCAGUAUUAUUAAGGAAAGAUAUGGAAGUAUACAUUUGAACUUCGGGAAACCAAUUUCUAGCAAAGAGUUCUUUGGUGACAAUUUGGAUAAAACUAAUCAUAAUAUCGGUCCAAUUCACCAACAAGAAUUGAGUGAUUUGGACAAAAAAAUUAUACCUUCCCUUGCACAUGAAAUAGUCCAUUGUCAACAAAAAUUAUCGAUCUUAAACAUUAUCAAUUUGAUUGCCAUUAUCGUAAAUCACAAUUUAACUAAUAGUAAAGAACUCCUUACUUAUGCUGAACUGAAGGAUAAAGUCCUGUGGCUCAAGGGUGUUUUAGAAGAAUUUGGUGCCAAUGUCUGGUGUACACAUAUUGAUGAAGAGAUGGAGGAAGCUUUUGAAGUACAUAAAAAUAAAAUUUUUGUGAAUGAUGGAAAAGUUGAUGUUGUACGAGAAAAUAUUGAUUUGACAAAUUUAAAUGUUACUAAACUGAAAGCUCACAAGCUCUCAGAGGAAGUAAUGAUUUAUUCUGUUCCUCUGGUCAUGCUUUAUAUUUAUAUAAAUCCAGUUUUACAUUAUCUGAUAGAUUCAGCCAUAAUAGUAGCAGUUUUAAAAGUGAAAUCUAGUACAACUUUAGAUGUUCUAAAAAGUAGUUUUAUUUAUAUGAGAAACAUAUUGCUAUAUGAAUUCGUCACAUCUUCUUCAAACAUUGAAAAAGAAUUUGAGAAAGCUCUUAUUCAAAGUACAGCUAUAAGUUUGAUUAAGAAGUCAGAUCAUAAUACCUAUAAUUUAGGGCAUAACAAGGAUAUGCAAGAUAUAUUGAUAUCAGUAAUACAACCAUUCUUUUACUCCUAUAAUGAAAUCAUAAGGAUUCUUGAGACUUGUAGUAGUUGUGACGAGAAGACAAUAUUGACUGAAGCACAAAAGAAAAUUGAAGCAGAAAUGAGACGUCAGUUCAUUCACCCAUACAGUUUGAAUUUGGAUACAUUUUCAAAUUGCCUGAGCGCUCUGACCUAUUUCAGUGCACUGAAAAAAGCGAGGGGAGUUAAUGGGUGGUACUAUGAAGUGGAUCAAGGGAAACUAUUGGAAAUUAAAUGCAACAUUGAGCCUUAUAUGUGGAACUUAUUCGAGGGAAAAACGUUAAACUUGUUUUUGAAACAUAAGCUAUAAACGUUAUGUUUUUACAUGGUUUUAAGUAUUCUUUGGGAAAUUAUUUCAACUAUUGGUGAUAUCUUUUAUAUCUGGAUUUAUCUAUGUAUGAGUUUUUAAAUAUUUAUUGGUUUUAUAUAGGUAUUGAAUUUUUGUUGGUUUCAUCAGUAUUAAAAUAUUUGUUAAUUCAAA